CGAUGUGCAGGAGAGAGAGAGGAGAGGAGCCGAGCAGAGAGAGGAGCAAUCGUCUGGAAAUCGUUUCACUCACACACGCAUCUCUCCGCCGCGCAAGGUGAAUCGUUGAACGAGAAAAGCUGAGGCAGCUCCCCAGUUGUUGCGAGAGAGGGAGAGGACCGUUUCCAAAUCAGGCAUCCGACGGACAGAACAUUGCGAAUUUAUUUCAGUUUCGCAUGCAGUGGGAAAUCUCAGCAGGGAAGACUCAGUGGGAAUGAUGGCACAUAAGCUUAGUGUCAGUCACUAAAUUUUCUAGCAAGGGAAUGCAGUGACACCGGUUCAGAGGUGCGCUACCUUUUAGGGUUCCCUUCCACUAAAGAAGACGGACAACACUGACGCUUGGUCUCGCAAAAUUCGACUUAUCACUCGUUCAUCACCGAGAGAAACCAUCUAGCAGAAUCCACCGGACCAUUACUGGGAUUCUUGGAAUUGGACGGAAUUGCAGUCCCUGAUAGUUUCUGUGGAUUUUUUUUUUGUCCGCCAGGGAUAUUGCGUUUUUCGUACAUUCUGGAUUCUUUACCGUUGGGUUUUGAGUGCUGAAGUGGCUGCCUCCGGGAGCGGAGAGGGGACUCGGCUCCCAGCUCAAGAGAAGCGCACGGUGCCGGUAGACCGAGGAGUUAUCGCCCGCAAAGGCUGAAGUGCCAGUCGGUGGUGUGAUGGAACUGCUGCUGGGCGCUGUGCUUCUCUGGGCAUCGCUGCUGGGGUGCUGUGGCCAGCCUCCAGCCGAAAUCCGCUACAAGCUGCCAGAGGAACAGCCCCCCAACUCCCUGGUGGGCAGCCUGGCGGCCGACCAGGGCCUCCCAGACUCCGGCCACCUGUACAAGCUGGAGGUGGGCGCCCCCUACCUGCGGGUGGACGGCAAGACGGGCGACAUCUUCACCACCGAUUACCCCAUCGACAGGGAGACCCUGAAGGACUGUCGGAACCUGUUUGAGGGGGACGCCUGCUUCCUGGAGUUCGAGGUGUCCAUCACGGACCUGAACCAGAACCAGGGCCCGCGGCUGAUCGAGGGGCGCAUCGAGGUCCUGGACGUGAACGACAACACCCCGCAGUUCUCCUCGCCCAUCCUGACGCUGCCCAUCCCGGAGAACACCCACGUGGGCACGCUGUUCAACAUCCCGGUGGCCAGCGACAAGGACUCCGGGAGCAACGGCGUGGCCGACUACGCCCUGACCGCGGGGCCGGACGCCGCGGCGCUCUUCAGCCUGCAGGUGGCGGAGGACCAGGGGGAGAAGCUGCCGCAGCUCAUCGUCAUGGGCAACCUGGACCGCGAGCAGAAGGACUCGUACGACCUCAACAUCAAAGUGGUGGACGGGGGGAGCCCCCCACGCUACAGCAGUGCCUUGCUCCGGAUCACCAUCACCGACACCAACGACAACGCCCCCAAGUUCGAGAAGCUCAGCUACGAGGCCGAGCUGUCGGAGAACAGUCCCGUCGGACACUCCGUCCUUCAGGUGAAGGCUAACGACUCCGACAUGGGGCCAAACGGGGAGAUCGAGUACAAUCUACAUCAGGCGUCCGAAGCCGUCCAGAGGCUGCUGCGGAUCGACCGCUCCAGCGGCAUCAUCUACGUCAAGGGGCUGGUGGACCGGGAGGAGGUCAGCAUGCUCAAGUUCCACGUGGUGGCACGGGACAAGGGCCCAGCCACCAAAACCUCCCGCGUCCCCGUGGUCAUCAAUGUGAAGGACCAGAACGACAACGCGCCCACUAUCGAGAUCCGCGGGAUCGGGCUGGUGACCCAUCAGGACGGCGUGGCCAACAUCUCCGAGGACAUGCCCAUCGGAACACCGGUGGCGCUGGUGCAGGUGUCCGACCGCGACGAGGGCGAAAAUGCUGUGGUCACCUGCGUGGUGGCAGGGGACGUCCCGUUCCAGCUGCGGCCGGCCAGCGAGUCUCCCAACGACCGCAAGAGGAAGUACUUCCUGCAGACCACCACGCUGCUGGACUACGAAAGGGUCAAAGACUACCGGAUCGAGAUCGUAGCUGUGGAUUCUGGCAACCCGGCUCUCUCCAGCACAAACUCCUUAAAGGUCCAAGUCACGGACGUGAAUGACAAUUCGCCCAUCUUCUCCCCGCUCUUGUUUGAGGUGGAUUUCGCAGAGGAGAACCAGCCGGGGGAUAAGGUCCUGGAUGUCACGGCCACGGACGCGGACAGCGGCACCAACGCCGAACUCACCUACAGCAUCAUUGUGGAUUCGGCAACAAAGGGGCUCUUUGAAAUCAACCCCAACACCGGGGAGGUUCGGGUACGGAACCAGUUGGACCGUGAACAUCGAGAGCGUUAUGAGUUCCACGUUGCAGCGGCCGACAAGGGCGUCCCUAGCCUGCGAGGCACAGCCACGGUGGUUGUUAGGGUGCUGGACCGCAACGACAACGACCCCAAGUUCAUGUUGAGUGGCUACAGCUUCUCCGUUUUGGAAAACAUGCCCCCGCUAAGCCCUGUUGGCAUGGUGACGGUCAUUGACGCGGACAAAGGGGAGAACGCUCGGGUCCAACUGUCCGUGGAACCGGACAACGGCAAGUUUGUCAUCCAGAACGGCACCGGCACCAUCCUGUCCAGCAUCUCGUUCGACCGGGAGAAGGAGAGCACCUACACGUUCCGUCUGAAGGCGGUCGACGGAGGAGACCCUCCGAGGUCCUCUUACGUGGGCGUGACCAUCAACGUCCUGGACGAGAACGACAAUGCUCCCUACGUCACGAGACCCUCCAACUCCUCGUACAAGUACCUGCCUCCUCUCACGAGUCCCGAGACGCGGGUGGAGAGGGUGCAGGCGGAGGACAUCGACACCGGACCCAACGCGGUCCUGGACUUCAGCAUCACCGGCGGCAACCCCCACGCGCUCUUCCGAAUCUCUCCCACCGACGGGGAGAUCACGCUGGCGAAGGAGUUCACCCGCAAACACAACGGGCUGCACAGGCUGGUGGUGAGGGUGAGCGACAAAGGCAAACCCCCGAGGCACACCACCGCCCUGGUGCACAUCUACGUCAACGAGACCAACGGGAACAUCACGCUGGUGGAGUCGCUGGUCGGCCACAGCCUCGACACCCCCCUGGACAGAGACAUCGCCGGCGACCCGGACUACAGCCACGCCGCCCACCGCAGCAACAUCCUGUACGGCAGCCUGGCUGGCAUCGCCGGGGUCAUACUGGUCAUCGUCAUCGUGAUGGUCAUCCGCCACCACCUCCAGAAAGAGGCCAAGAGCGGGUACCAGGCGGGAAAGAAGGAGACCAAGGACCUGUACGCGCCCAAGCAGGGUCCCAAGAGCGGAAAGACCAAGAAGGGCAAGAAGGGCAAAGCCCCAAAGCCGGCCAAGCCCCUGGAGGAGGACGAAGAGGCCAGCCUUCAGAAGAGCCUCAAGUUCAACCUCAUCAACGACGGGGUCAACGACAGCCCCAGGAUCCACCUGCCGCUGAACUACCCCCCCGGCAGCCCCGACCUGGGCCGGCACUACCGCUCCAACUCCCCGCUGCCCUCCAUCCAGCUGCAGCCCCAGUCGCCUUCGGCCUCCAAGAAGCACCAGGCGGUGCAGGACCUACCCGCCACCAACACCUUUGUGGGAACGGGGGACAACAACUCGACCGGCUCGGACCAGUAUUCGGAUUACAGCUACAAGGCCAACCCCCCAAAAUACAGCAACAAACAGCUGCCUCACCGCCGAGUGACAUUCUCGACAGCCAAUCAGGCGCAGGACCUGCAGGACCCCUCCCAGCACAGUUACUAUGACAGCGGCCUGGAGGAGUCAGAGACCCCCAGCAGCAAGUCGUCCUCGGGGCCCCGCAUCGGGCCCCUGGCCCUGCCCGAAGACCACUACGAGAGGACCACCCCGGACGGCAGCAUCGGCGAGAUGGAGCACCCCGAGAACGAUCUCAGACCUUUGCCUGACGUGGCUAUGACGGGGAACUGCACGCGGGAGUGCACGGAGUUCGGCCACUCUGACGCCUGCUGGAUGCCGGGGCAGCCCUCGCCGAACCGCAAGACCAAGAACGCCCCGAAGCUCUCCACCUUCGUGCCUUACCAGGAGAGAGAGGGCCAGGAGCGGCUGACCGGCGGGAGCCCCAAACUGGUCGAGGAGCGGAGCAACAACAAGGUGGCCAACAUCCGGUUCCUGCCCCCCUACAGUGCCUACUCCGGCGGCAGCAGUCACGAGCCGGGCAAGGACUGCCCACUGGAGGAGAUCCCCCUCAACCAGACCUCGGAGUUCCCGUCCGCCACCUCGCCCUCCAGCCAGGCCUCCAAGAGAGAAAUCUACCUGUGAAGACACACCCCUCCCUCCCUCCCUCCCUCCCUCUGCCCCUCAAAUGCCCCGCCCCCCACCUCCCCCCCCCCCCCGUCCAAGCCACACCUGACCCCCCCCCCCCCCCCCCCGUGCCUGUUUGCUGGGCUGUCGGAGACAAGCCACAGCGUACCACUCGCUUUUUUUUGUAACCAAGACAACGCUUUAGAAUCCAAAAAAAAAAAGAAAGAUUAGUAAAAAAUUAAAUGAAGAAAAAACAAACAAAACCGCUAACUGAAGGAAUGUAAACCAUGGUUUUGUUUAAAUACUGUAAGCAUUUGAUGGAAUUCUUUUUAAUACGUUUUAUUUUUCUUUUCCGUUUCCUUUUUAAACGUUAGGGCAAUGCCGUUACAGCCGAAACUGAAAACAAUCAAAAAGAUUGUAUAUAUAUUAUAUAUAAAUAGAAAUAUAAAAGGACAUUACUAUUCUUUUUGUUUCUUUUCGUUUGGUUUGGAAGCGAUUGAUGUGGCCUGCCAAUUCCAGGAACUCCAAAGCUACAAUCAAUACUGCUGUGCUGAAACUGAUGUUUUGUGAGGUACAGAACACAUCAACACAUCGACCUAAGAAUCUACACCUCCACCCAACAGCAAGUCUUUCUACACGGCCGUACAGCCCCGACAUCGAUCAUCAAUACAACCAAGACAUUUUUUAUUACUGUACAGUACUGUAAAUACCCUGGAUGGCAUGCCGUCUAUGGCCUGCUUUCCGAGGACCACUCUAAAGAGCUUCAAAACUCUUUUUUCUGUUGUCCUUGAUGUUUACGGUGAUGUGGAACUUUGUGUUAGCAAAGUGCUGUUUCCCCUCACAAAGGGGGGGUGGAACGGCUUACAGGAACGCAGGAAGGAGGGGAUGGAUUCUUGAAUCACUCUUUUUUGCUGCCACACAAUUCUCCGAAAACCCGGGGAAGAAAGCCCACCUCUUGGUUUCCCAUCUAUAAUUGGUUUUAUGUGGGGGAAAAAGAAAGGACAAGCAAAAAAAAAAAAAGAAAAAGAAAAAAAAAGGCAGUGACCUGUAAACAUUUUGAGGUGUCUGUGUUCUGGAGAGCCCCACUGUUGACACAUAUUGGUGCUACUCCACCUCUUCAUUUUGCUCCUUGCCACCUCACAGAGGGACGACGCCCCACACAUAAGGCCACACCCCCAUCAACCAGACCACGCCCCUAUAGAUGGUAUGCCACCUCUACACUUGAUCUUCAUCCUCCCCUUUUUUUAGACUCCAUAGAGGAGACCACACUCUGAGGCUCUAAUUCACUGGAGGAGACUACAGGACAUUGAGAAGACCAAGCCUACCUGCCACAGCAUCGCAGCUCACUGUAUCCCACAUCACCUGACGCAGUUAACGGCCAAAACACUAAAUCCAGGACUCGGUCGACCCCAAGUGAUCAAAAUGGUGGUCACAAUGUGUGGUGACAAAUGCAAGGCAGGACUUUGUUGACCUUAGACUUAUCCAAAAGCAGGACUUGAUCAUGCUGACCGGACCAUACUGUACACAGGAUAUGGUAGACUAUGACUGGUCCAAACGCAGGACUUGGUCAACUAAGGGUGAUCCAAAUGCAGGACUCAUUCAGCCUUAUGGGGUCCAACCACUGGACCACAUUGACUCUGAGCUGGGUGAAUUCAGGCGUCCAUCGGACCUGAGUGGUCCGCACGCGGAACUUAGUCGACCUGGACUGGGCCCAAGCAGACCCAGACGACCCGGAACUGUCCGAUCACUGGAGCCUCCCCCCUGGACUGCGGGACGGGUGCAAAGUCAUGACCGUGCUCAUGGCCCGAAGACCGACAGCUAGCUCUCACGCUUGUGUGCCCCACUGUAUGCAUUUUCAUAUCAUCUGCAUAAUUACCGACGUGCUUCACUCCGCUGCGUUCUAAGGGCAGUCAGUAUGAUGAGUGCUGCACAACCAAAAACAUAUAUAAUAGGCCUGGAUGUAGAUGUAGGACAGGAAGGGGAGGGACAAGGGGGCUUGAUUGACAGGGGGGACAGGGGGAGGGGGGGGGGGCAUUGGUGUGGAAGCCUGAUCCAUCUUUGUUCCAUAGUUCUCCUGUGUGCUUACUAUGAGGGCAAGGGAAUGACACUGUCCGGUAGUGAGACAGAUGCACUCCGAUGCUUUUACGCGAGACAGGUUGCAGAAAUAUUGCACUAAUUACACCUCCAGGGUCUCUUCAUUAAUGGUGAUAAUUUCACAUCUAAAACGGGAGGGGGGUUUGUGGUUUAAAGUUAAUUUUGAGCGUUAUAUUAAUAGCCCGGCGACAGUAAUGGAAUUUCACCUGUGGCAAAAACGUGUCAGCCGUAAUGGGAUUAAUGGAAGCUGGAGAAAAUAGCCCCGUGCGCUGUGACGGCACUCACUGCACCGGCAGGCACGCCGCAUAUCCUGCAGAAAAAAAGGAGAAAAAAAACUGCCCCAUGCAAACAGCCACGUUUGCGCUUUUGUUUAUUUGUUUACUUUCUUGUGGCCAGGGCCAUGUAACUAAGCAGGCAAAGUCACCCCCCCCCCUUUUUCCCAAACCAGGGGUUUAUUUUACUGUGCGAAUCCUUUCGUGUUCAUGCAUUCACAAUGUGUUUUUUAUUGAUUAUUUCGCUUCUGAAAUUUCGUAAGUCUGUUGUUUUGGUCAUGUUUAUUUUAUCAAAUCAUUUUGGAGACUCCGAAGGGAGAACGAGAGUCACCGAAUUUCUUUGCAGAACCAUCGGCUGCAACACUGGGGGGGAAAAAAAAAAAGUUCAACAAAAGAACCUGUCUCUCCAGCAUUCAUUUGUUCAUAAUUUUAUGUUAAAGUGUCACUCAUCAUCCAUUUUCCUAGCAUGGUUGUUUAGCCGCCAUUUUGGCCUAUAUUGUAGAAUACAAUUUUAACCAUUCAUGCACGCAGUUUGAUAGGUGUAAAUCUUUAAAAAAAAAGAAGAAUGUCAUUUACUGUGUCAUUUAAGCACUCUUGAGCUGACAGAAUAGAGUGCCACAGUCAGGAAUCACGAGAUUGAAUCACAUUAACUUGUCAAAAGACAAAUGGAUGGUUUGAGAGUCCCCUAAUAGGAAUGCUGUCCACCAAUACAUUUUCAGUGCACAAUGCAUUGUCUCUCAGUACACUUCAUGCAGAUGUCUCCACUUGGAGAAGUGCACUACAUGCAACAUUCUCCACUUGGAGAAGUGCACUACAUCCAACAUUCUCCACUUGGAGAAGUGCACUACAUGCAACAUUCUCCACUCGGAGAAGAGCAUUAAGAAUUAUGUUUGGUUGAAAAAAGAAUUGUCCUGACUAUUAAUUUAAGGCCACAAGUCCUGUGCUCAUUAUAGGAACAAUUAAUUACAAUAAACCAAUUAUAUGUCCAGCCAGAGAGAUUAAAAAAUGACAUUCUUAUAUAGUCAAAGCCAUUUAAUGGCCAUGAUAAAAUAUGGCAAAAAAAAAAAAAAAACAUAAUCCACUGUAAUUGCAUUUAAGCCGACUCCAUUUCCACAGUAGCCUUCAGAGGGCUCUGAAUUCUCUGUGGGCCUUGCAAAGCCAGCCCUGCCUGACACCAGGAAAUCAACUACCGUUCUUCACAAUUCAUCAUCAGCUGUUUUCAUUGCGGUGAAGGUGGGGUGGGUGUCCUGGUUACGUACAUGUGGCACCUUUAGUCAUUGUGGAAUGAUAAUGUGGCGCCGUAUCGACAAAAGAUUUUCAGCGAGGACCUCGGGUCACAAGUAUUCCUGAGGCUCCGUUAACAGUAACAGGCUCACAAUUCAGCCGAUCAAGAGCAGGUCACAGGGUGUCUCAGGUCUUGCAUUUUUAAUACAACUUUAAAACAGUUUCACUUUUAUUAUUUCACCUCAUUUGUGCUGCACGGCCACUGGAGUCCACUCUGAGUCACGGACUGUCCGCUAAUUCCGGCAUUUGGAAUCAGUUCAAAUUUAAUUCAGUGGAGCAGGAAAUUAAUUGAAAUUCAAUUCAUGAAUUAAAAUAUUUCCGUAGAGCAACGCGGGUAUUUUUCAAUGCAUGAAUUAAAUUUAAAUUCAUUUCCUGGAUAACUUUCACGGCUUGCAUGGGUUCUGUAUUAACUGGGGUGCAUUAUAAGAGGUCUUCUCCGUAUUUGAAAGUGCAGUAAUGUGUCCACUGGGAAUGGGCAGUCCACAGACUAAAGUGAACCCUUCCACAGUGAUGUCAUAAUCUGGAUUAUUGGAAAAGAAUUGGGUUUGUUUCCCAAAGUGGGCAUUCAUCCCAAAAUUACAUUGGCUUUUGAAUUGGCACAUUCUCCCACUCAUCUGGAGUGAAGGAAUCUAAUAUAUUCAGUCUGUCUGAUACAUUUGGACACAUUACCUAUCGCAUUACAUAUUAUCCAUUUUGCAAAGCUGAACGAUCUUUUCAUUUCCCCAAAAAUGGCAUGGUGGUUAUAGAGUUAGAUUUAUAUUUUGGACUCAACCAAUAGUUACAGGUUAAACUCCCCGCUGGGGCAAUGCCAUUAGGUUUUUAACAAAUAACACAAAGUAAACAUCCCUCUGUUUAAAUGGACUAACUAACAAAUGAGUUAUAUAAAUCACCCUGGAAAUUGGUGGCUUGCUAAAGAAAUUAGCAAACACUUAAAAAACAGUUGGUUAUGCAUAUCUGAGAGGAUUUUUUAAAUUGAAUUGCUAAUAGUAGGGUCUGCCGUUGAUGGCUUUUUGGUACUUUCAGGUUUUUUUUAAGUUUUUUUUUUAAUGCUUUAAUGGACACUGGGAUCAUUCGUUGACAAUGGCAGGAUCGAAUGGCAGGUCUUUUUCUUCUUUUCUUUUGUAAUUCCCUCCAGGGCUACAGAAAAGGAAACAGGUCAUUCCUCUUACUGACAGGGUCUCCACUCUCCCUCUCCCUCACCGUGACCUUGGGCCUCCCCCCCGGCCUUGUUUAUCUGCGUCGUUAGGGGCGGGCGAGAUAGCUCCGCCCCCGAAGUUGCCACCGCCGGUAAAACCCCUCGCCAAAACCGCGGGAAACCACUCCGGCCACGGACCGAGGAGGAGGAGGGACGAAAGGCGAUGACGAACGGUUCCGUAGAUGGGGCUCCACCCUCGGACUGACCCCACAAACCCCGCCCUAGCCCAAAAAUGUCGCCACCCCGCUUCGGGCUGGGACAGGGUGACCGUGAAUCAGCGGGUGGGUGGGUUCACACCUCCUCUGUGUAUCUCCCUGCAUCCCUCCUCCUCCGGUCUCUCUGUCAGCCUUUCGCUCCCGAAGCCUCAAGCCUGUCCGUCAAACAAGCCAGGACCGCCCAUGGCCUUGAUAAUGGUGCCGACUGAACAGAGCCGAUUUACAGUGAAAUAAAACCCAAGGCCGUGGGUACGCGCGUGUGUGUGUGUGUGUGUGUGUGUGUGUGUGAAUGUACAGACCGGAUGCCAGGGGGUUAGUGUAAUGUUUUCCAUGUUAAUCUGCAUUAAGUGACCGAAGCCCAUCGCUGUAAAUCAUCAUUGCGAUGCAUUGUGGGGCAGCAUGAUAAGACUGGCAUACCUGGGCUGUAUGAACACAUACGAGCAGUGACAGUCGCGGUGGCUCUCCGUCCCUGGGGACCGCUUCCUGCUAUUCCCCGGCGAAGAGCUGUCACAGAUACCGCCGAUGAAAUCUCAGCACCACGGACCACUGUAAUAGCAUCCUGUUGAUUUUUGGAGUAAAGCAAUUUUCAUACUGUAAUUGUAUUUUUUUUUCGGUUGGUUUGUUUGUUUUUCGCCUUUUCGAAAAAAAAAAAAAAAAUGGCAGCACGCAUUUGCAUGGCGGCUUCGCCCCUGACAAAUCCGCGAAACGACGGCAAACGCGGGAGAGAGGACCGUCCCGUGGAAACGACAACACGCGUGACGAGGGCGCUCUCCCGCGUUUGUCCUGCCCACGUGUGUUUAUCUGCGUUUCGCCAUCUCCCCCGCUUCUCGGGGUUUGAAACACCUCAAGUGAGACGGCAAACAGGAGCGAUUAAAUUGGCUUGAUCUUCCCCAGAUAAUCCAAUUGCCUUGCGUUCGCCGCGCAGAAUAUUAACGGAUCCCGGUCCCCGCUGAGCGAGAAACGGGCGAAAUAUUUCAUAUGGAGACCCCUUUCUCCCUCGGUCACAGAGAGAAACGUGGCCUUUCUGCAACGUCCGGCCACUCGUGCCAUCAGUAGCACAUUUUUAAUUUUAGCUGGCAACCCUCGUGUUUAUUUUUCUAGAAGAGAACCGUAAGGAUUGCCGUGUGUACAAACAGAGGCAGGAGGACGCCAUUCUGCUCGGCAAAUAUGUCGCCAGGAUGGCAUUUCGAUUUGACGACAUCGCUCGGUGCGGUGGGACAGAGAUUCCCACAAGGCAAUAGCUUUCAACACACUUCCAUUUUAAUGAAACAACCAAGCAGGUUAUGUACAGGGUAUGUGGGGCACCAGUCACAGUUCCGUCCUCUCAGUGUCAUGUCCGAAGGUUCGUUAUUUAGCAGGAAGUAUAUGUAGAUGAAGGAAACCCAUUUGAAAAUGCAUCCAUAUGAAAUAAAUGGUUAUACACAAUUUAGUAGGAAGUGCGCAAUGUGGAUCAGUUUAUUAGGGGGGUGAAAUGGGAGCACAGUCUAAGGGUCUUAUCCAGAUGAAGUAACCGUCUUAGUACAGCAUGAAAAAAAGCCAAUUUUAUAAAUAUAUACAUUUUCUGUUGUUGUGAUUGUUUUAUUAAUAGUACAAAAAGAAGAAAAAAAAACACUGUUAUAAACAUGUAAAUGUAAAUGGUCAUUGCUAUUUUUACAAGAGGUCUUGGAUUGAGAUUUGUAAAUGAUAAUAAUGUGUUAACUCAUGGUGGUCUGUUUCUUUGUUUAUUUUUUAAUUUUUUUCCAUGGUUGGUAUUUUUAAAAGAAGAAGAAAAAAAACUUUACAAUUCACAACCUUUUGUGCGGGAAAGGAUCUGCUGAUCCGCAUAUUACACGUAAUUUGCAUCAAGAUUGUUUUACACUGUUCAUAAAAUACCCGACAGUCUCAGUUUUAAGGCUUACUGUGAGCAUGGUCAACGAUGAUGAGCAGCAUGAAGAUGUGGUUUCGGGUUCGAACCCUCCACUCACGCCAUUUUGUCAUGAAACAAAACCACACCACGUAAUGCAGCUAAAUUCAGGAUCCCAUUGAAUGAGAUUCCCAAACAGGGUGACUGCCAUUCUCAAUUUCCAGAUCUUUUCCCUACACUCUAGAAGUAACAAAUGAUGUUUUUUUUUUCUUAUGUAUUAGCAUGCCAUGCUUUUCCAACAUCAGGGGAAAACAACCGAAAGAAAAAUAAAAAACAAAACAGCCACCAUGAAAAGUUUGUCUUUGCAGGAAGUACAAGUUUGUAGCCUAAAUGUUGGUUAUAUUUAUAUAGGAAACAUGCUAGUGAUGCCUUGUUUUCAGUACAGUUUUAUGUACAUGCAAGUGUAGCUUUUUAAAACUUAUGAUGAAAUCCAACGGCAAAUGAAAAAAUUGUAAAAUAUUUUUAAGGUAGGGGUUGAUAGGGUGCGAUUGGGUGAAUUCACCGUCAGUGUGGAUGCGACAGUCUAAUAUGCGUUUACUGUAGUUAUAUUCACUGGCUUCUUGUCUCUUUUACGGUUUACCUUUUUUUAUUUUGUUGGAUUUUUUAAUGUUUUUUUUAUUUUAUUUUUUAUUUUUUGCAAACAGUGAGCUUCAACGGAAAUGGGUCGUUGGUUUGUUUGAUUUCCACUUGUUCCAUUUUGUUCCGAUCAGUAUUCGCAUGUUGAAAAAAGAAAAAAAAAAAACUAAUUGUGGUCUUUUAUUUUUGCUGAGCAAAUCAAAGAGAGUCCCUUGUAAUUAUUCCUUCCUUAUAGCUUUACAAUAAAAAUACAUUAAGAAAAGA